AUGUUGAGGAAAGAAGGGCUCUUAAGUGGUGAUAAUAUAGGUAUCCAAGCAGACGAGAGAUUUGCUGAUUGCUUGAGGCAGUUGAUCAAGCAAAACAUUCCGGGCCUGGAGUCCACAAUCAUCUAUCCGCAUCUACUGUUGAAGGAUUGUAAGUUGGAAAUGCUCCUGUGUGCUCCAGCUGCUAUGAUGUGUCUGGCCGCCGUUGUGGAGAUAAAAAUAGUCUUGGAUGGGCUUUUUGAAGUCAAUCUCCACCAUCAUAACUCCGCCUUCGUUUUAUUGGUCUGCAGUAUGGUGUCUUCUCUGGCUCCCACGCACGGUCUGUACAAGGCGGAGCAUGCAUCUAUCGCGUAA